AUGAACGAAGUGGAACAAAUUCGCGCUCGCGAAGACGAGUCAAAUUCCGCUGAGAGGACAGGUAAGGUCCUGUGUGGCAUCUGUCGUAGGCAGUUUUAUAGGUAUACAUGUCCGGGGUGCAACGUGGCUUACUGCAGCCUGACGUGUUUUCGUUCAGAGACUCACUCCCAAUGUUCGGAGGCAUUUUAUCGAAAAGAAAUCCAGACAAGCAUCGAAACUAAAUCUUCGAAGGCACAUGAAGAGAGGGAAAAGAUGCUCGAGUUGCUGAAGCGCCUCGAAGAGCAAACUCUGGAGGAUGACAGCAUCCUGCUGCGUGACCAGGAUGAAUCCGACAGUGACUCUAAUGAUUUUGUCUCUAGAUUUUCUGGUGUGGAUAUUUCUUCAGCAUCAUCCGACGAAUUACUCAGACUUAUGACCAAGGAAGAAACAGACAAGUUCUUCAACGCGCUCAGGGACCCAACCAGUCAAUUGGCCCAACAAUUACUGUCUAGUGAAGAAUUGCAGUCUGUGAAGCAGGAACCAUGGUGGGAAGCUGCCUUGGAAGGAUCUCCUAGCGGGAGCAUGCGAUGUGGAUCAAAACCUGCACUGAUGAAGGUCCCGCCUAACCUUUUAAAACACCAGGCUAGUAGCGCCCCUUUGAUUUACAACGUUUGCGCUGUCCUUGUCGCUUAUGCGUUUGCUACCCGUCAUCUAUCUGUUUCGCCAUUAUCCUCUGCGGAAAAUGAUGCGUCAGAUGAAGCAGAGGCGCGCAGAAUCAUCUCACAAGCUGUCCCGUUCCUGGCAGCCCGUCGGUCACAAGUGCUAUACUCGACGUUAAGCAGUGCUGUCACUGACGUGUGGUCACGCUUUGACCCUGGGACCGUGGGCACUGAGUCGUUGUCGGUACUCUUGCAUGAUUUGUCCAUCAUAGUGAGACCCAGAUUAGUGGUCGCCACAUCUUCCGAUAACAGCUCAUUAAGCGAUCAUCAGUCUGUUGCAUUACUAGCCGCACUGUCAGACCUUUCUGGUCUUUUCGCUCCACGUUCAGUUGGUGUGCCUAGUCACAUUCAGAUGAAGCUUAUAUUUUACGCCGCUCAAGUACUCUCGACACCUCAGCCCGCCCUUCGCGCUCUUGCAAACGAACUACAAGAUUACGCGCGGGCCCUGAAGGUAGAGGCACGAUCAGUAAUUGGCAAUCCUAAUACUACAUUCAGCGGCUGA